AGUACCAUUCCUUAGUAACUGUAAAUGAGAAUGUAUUCCUUGACUUGAAAUACAGUUGCAUAAUUAGAUUUCCACAUUUCUUGUAAGUGGCCGUUGGAGUAGCUUUGGACAUCCCUCUUGAUACCCCAGGGAGUCUUGAAUGGCAGACGCGUGCGCUUUGCUGCCCUCCUAUGGUCAGGUGCUGUUACUGCACCCGGUACAACGUGAAGUGAUGACAAGCGAGCAAGCAGACAUUGCUGCAGUCACCCUCUGAACCUCCCAUCAUCUUACGUGAGGGUUAAAUGAAUACAAAAUUCCAUAUGCAGUGAACAUGUUACACUUUCCAAAUCAGUGUUUAUACGUAUUUUGCACGAUUUGUAGUUUAAGUUCUCCAACACAGAUCAGGUGAAGACCCCUCAACACCUCCUUAACCCCUUUAUAGGGCAUUCAUUCAUGUCAAUAAUCAUGCAUUCGGCUGCCACUGACAGCGCUAGACGCCAAGUCAAUUUUAACUGGGAGAGGUUGGCAGCCGUACUGGCCAAAAUGGACUGGACGGCUAUAGUGCCGUCACUGGCAUGCACUGAAUCAUGAGCAUUCACAGCCAUUCAUCCCAGUUUAACUGAAUUGGACAUCUUUCGUUGUCAAAGGUAAUUAAAAACUGAACAAAAAAAAUUGAGUUUUGUUAGGGGUUGAAACCACAGCUCUUUGAUUUUGUUUAUUCACUUUAUUAAUUUUACAACCUUAGAAUGUUUUUUUUUUUUUUUACUGGGUUACUGGGAGCCAGAACCAGAGUGUACUGCUUCAUUAAUUUUGAUUUUAUUAAAACGGUAUUGUUUUAUUAAUGUUUUAUAAAUAUACUGUAUUUAGCCCUAUAUAUAAAUAAAUAAUAUGGAAAAAAAUAGUCAUCCACAAUUUCGAAAACCAAAAACAGUUUCCCUACAGAGGGUUAAAAAAAACCCACCCUCAGUCUAUGCAUUUUAUUUUGCGUACAACUGGCAGUUCAAAUCACUACCACUAAUUGAGUUUUCAUCAAAACACUUUCCACAAAAUGACUGAGUGAAUUUACAAAAAAAAAAAAAAAAAAAAAAAAAAAACGUUGUUUCCUGCCACUGGUGCAGGAUCGAGUCGCUUUACUGCAGCUCGAAUUUAUUACAGUUCUGUACUUCCAUGGAGCUUUGCACUCGAUAAAUGCAAACAUGUAUUUUUUCCUUUUGUUUGUAAUAGGCACCCAAAGGGUUUGUAUGGAGGAUUGGGCGGCAGCGAAGCCUGCCUUGCCUUUGCGUCGUCCAAGUCAGCGACAAAACCUGUUUCUGUCGGAAACAAUUAUACGUCAAUAUAAUGUGCAUUUUAUGAUUAUAAUACACGUGUAAAUAAAGUCCAAUUUCAGACGAGGAGCGAGUGAACUUGGAAUGUAGAAUUUGAGGUGUCCGUGCAUAUUUCCAGCAGUUUCUCCCCCCCGCACCCCUGUUCUCUGUCCCCCCUCCUCCUCCCAACCCACCCCCGACUUGAGAUCUUUGUGCAGCACACAAGUGCAACAUUUGCCAUUAAAAUGCCGUCCCCCUGCUUCAUUUCCAAUCGAUUGUCACGUGAAGCUUUUCUGUUUCGCAACAUUUAGCUAGUUCUUCAAAUAGUGUCGGAAAGAGAAACUGAACAACUCGUGUAAAUGCGGUGACAGAAGCAAUUAGGUUGCAUGUUACGCAACGAAACGAAAAGCUUCGUCGCGACGGAUGCUUUUGGAGUUAUCGAAAGUGGGUCGAUUAUAUGGGUAAUUUAUUACACCUCAACCAUUACCUUAGUAGGGAUUCCGCUGGGGAUUAAACAUACUAUUGAUUGAUGGGAAUACUUCUCAAGAUGAGAAAUAACACCAACCUUCUAUCUUUGCUUUUGUAUUUUUUUGCUUUUUGUGCGUGUUCCAGAUGUUGCCAUGGAUUGUGGUUGUGUGAUUAUUUUAUUGUGUGUGAAGAUGGAAAUCGGCGUGAUGUAGCCGGGCUCAGAGGCACAUCGUGUGCGCAUGCGCUGUAGCCACUUGUGCCAUAUUGGAAUGAGGUCGUGUACUAGAAGUGCGUCAAGAUAACGAGGCGUCACCCAAGACAUACCAGAAGUACCCCUUCAAACAAACGUUAUGUUGCUUGUAGGUCGUUCACGUACGUACCAGAACGUUAUUUUGUAAUUCCAAAACCGGAAGCUAAUGUUUGACUCUCGCUACCUUCACAUAACUGCUAGCGAGCAGGCAGUCGGCGAGAGGAUCGGCAUCUAAAAAGCGACUUGGAAAAACUACUUAACGAGCUCCUAAUCUUGGUAAAAGAGGACAUCCCACCAGCAUGAGCCAGGAGUCACUGGAGUCUGAUGGAGACUGUGCUCAUGAUUUAUCUGACUUCAACUGGGAUGACUAUUUGGAGGAGACCGGUGCUGUGUCUGUGCCUCAUCACGCCUUUAAGCAUGUGGACCAAGGUCUACAGACAGGCUUGACUCCUGGUAUGAAGCUGGAGGUGUGUGUGCGCUCAGAGUCUGACAGUCCUUACUGGGUGGCCAGCAUCAUCACAACAUGCGGCCAGCUGCUGCUGCUCCGCUAUGAAGGAUACCAGGAUAACCGCAGUGCUGACUUCUGGUGUGACACCAUGACGGCUGACCUGCACCCAUUAGGCUGGAGCCGCCAGCAUGGCAAGAUCAUGAGACCCCCUGACAGUGUGCGUGAGAAGCACCAGGACUGGGAGGCUUUACUUGAAAAGGUCCUGGCUGAGGAGUGCAGCGUGCCUGCCAACCUGCUAGAGUUGCCUCAGCGUGGCCGCGACCCAAUGGAGCUGCUGAGUGCCGGUUGUUAUGUGGAGCUGCAAGACAGUGUUGACCCAGGGCUUGCCUGGGCCGCUGAGGUAGAGGAGAAUGUCGGAGGAAGGCUGAAGUUGCGGCUGGUUGGCACAGAGGGCCUCCCUGACACACCUGCGACCCUUUGGCUCUUUUACCUCCACCCACGCCUCCACCCACCCGGGUGGGUUCAAGAGCAUGGAUACACCUUCAGGCCUCCUUCUGAACUUUUGGCACUGCGAACAGAGGAAGAGUGGGAAGAGGUGAAGCAGAGGAUCACUGAACUUCCUCAAGAUGAAGCUCUGACUGCAGAGCUCAGUAAGGACCAGCCUGCAAUUUCUACUCAUUGUUUUAAAGAAGGAAUGAAAUUGGAAGCGGUCGAUCCUGCAGCACCCAUCUGUAUCAGGCCAGCCACCGUCACAAAGGUUUUCAAUGAGCAGUACUUCCUGGUAACAAUGGAUGACCUUUGUGGCAUUGAGGAGUCUGAAGGCUCAGGACGCUCCUUUCUGUGCCACAGAGACAGCCCGGGGAUCUUUCCUGCUCAAUGGAGUCUUAAAAAUGGGCUCCCUCUCAGCCCACCACCAGGGUAUCAAGGUCCAGACUUUGACUGGGCAGAUUACCUAAAACAUUGUGAAGCAGAAGCAGCCCCUCAGAACUGCUUCCCAACUGACAGUGUUGAAAAUAAUUUUAAAGAGUCAAUGAAACUGGAGGCUGUCAACCCACUGUCACCAGAGAACAUUCACGUGGCAACAGUCACCAGGGUGAAAGGGCAAUACAUUUGGCUCAGUCUGGAAGGUCUAAAACAGCCCAUGCCUGAGUUGACAGUUCAUGUGGAUUCUUUGGACAUCUUUCCUGUGAGCUGGUGUGAGACAAACGGCUAUCCACUUGUGUACCCCAUCAAGCCCUCAGUAGAAAAUGAGAGGAAGAUUGCUGUGGUGCAGCCUGAAAAACAAGCUCCAUCAAAGUCAUCAUCACCUGUCACUGUAAAGCAGGUGGCAAAUCAGCCAGAAGCUGGACAGGGGAAUGGAAAAUACUGUUGUCCCAAGAUCUAUUUUAAUCAUCGCUGUUUUUCUGGCCCUUACCUUAAUAAGGGACGAAUAGCUGAACUGCCUCAGUUCAUCGGCCCUGGAAAUUGUGUCCUUGUGCUCAAAGAGGUUUUGACUCUUCUCAUCAACUCUGCAUACAAGCCAAGCCGAGUGCUAAGGGAGUUGCAGUUGGAUCAGGAGAGUCGCUGGCAAGGUCAUGGAGAGACUCUCAAAGCCAAAUACAAGGGAAAAAGCUACCGAGCCACAGUGGAAAUCGUCCGCACUGCAGAUCGAGUGGCAGACUUCUGCAGGAAGACUUGCAUCAAGUUAGAGUGCUGUCCCAACCUGUUUGGACCUCGUAUGGUUCUGGAGCAUUGCUCAGAGAACUGCUCCAUCCUCACAAAGACCAAGUACACGUAUUACUACGGAAAGAAGAAGAGCAAACGUGUGGGCCGUCCGCCUGGAGGCCACUCAAACCUCGAGGCUGGAGUGAAAAGAAGGGGAAGGAGGAGGAAGAGAAGGAAGCAGCUCUUUGUGCAUAAAAAGAGACGCUCUUCAACAUCGGUCGAUAACACUCCUGCUGGCUCUCCACAGGGAAGUGGCGAAGAAGAGGAUCUUGAUGAAGAUGACUCCCUAAGUGAAGACUCUGGCUCAGAACUGCAGGAUGAUCUCCAAGAUGAUUCUGAACAAUCAGUAGAAAAGUCCCAGCCUCCCACACCGUCCCCAUCACCACCUACUACACCCAGACCCACACGUCGGCGCAGGAAACCCCGUUCGCCCUCUUUCUCUGAUGAUGAGAACCAUCCUCCUUCACCAAAGACAUCAAAGACAGAACCUCCUCAAAAGUUGUGCUUAGACACCAGCCCACUAGAAUGGAGCGUGACUGAUGUGGUUCGUUUCAUCAGAACUACGGACUGCGCACCUCUAGCACGCAUUUUCAUGGAUCAAGAGAUCGACGGACAGGCUCUCCUGCUGCUCAACCUGCCAACUGUGCAGGAGUGUAUGGACUUGAAGCUGGGACCGGCCAUCAAGCUGUGCCACCACAUUGAGAGAGUCAAACUGGCGUUUUAUCAACAGUUUGCCACGUAGCUGAAGGACCAUAAACAAAAAAUGGACUAUAUAUUAAUACAGUACUUUAAAAAAAAAUCAUUUCGCAUUUAGAUCUUGCUUACACUGGAUAUCCUCCUAAACACUGAACUAUGUGGUGUUGGACAACAACAGAAGGAAGCUAAAUAAGCAACAUUAACUUUCAAGUUCCAAGGUGUUCAAGAAAGAAAGGACAAAAUAGUACAAAAGUACAAGUUCAAAAAAAUGCUGCACAGGGUAAAUAAAACCCUAUUCAGGAAAGGACUGAAAUAAAAUGAAGGGUUGCCCUAAAGCUUUCCUCUAGCUAUAAACUCUCAGUGCCAUUGAUGAUAAAUCGUCCAAUCAGGGCCUGUAAGCUGUGAAGUUCAGUUAAGACUGUCACUAGACCUCCAAUUAUAUUUGGACCAGGAGGACUUGCUGUCCUCACAGUUCAAAUGGUUUGGACGUCUCCCACGGUCAAUGGCAGAUAUCGAGUUAAGGGCCUACAGUACAAAUCCAGUCCAUUUUCUCACAAGCUCACCUAAUGUAAUUUUUGCUCAGGAAAAUGAUACUGGCAUUCAUUUUCAAUAUCAGUCUGUUUUUGAAAAAUCUGUAAAUAUAAGUAGCUGAAACGUCCCUUUGGAUCCACUAGAAUCUGUGAUGUCACAGAAAGUCUGUACACCAAGACUGACUGCAUUAAAAAUACGUGCAGGAACUUUGAAGUAUUGACAAGGUGAGAUCACUGAUGUCUAGCCUCAGCAGUUUAAGAAUAAUAAUAUAAUAAAGGAGUCUAUAGCAUCUUCCUCAAGCUCGAUGCUCCUGUCCGUCCAAACAGCUGUUGCCAUUGACAAUGAUAGAUGUCCAAUCAUGUGGCUCCUUUCAUCCUUGUGUUGCGAAUUUAAAUGAGUUUGAGACUAGCAGAACUCCAAGUGUUACACAUUAAAAAUAUUGGACAUCCAUCACCAAUGGCAGUCAGUGAGUUAACUUCUAAAAUCAGACAGCUAAAAGCAAACACGAUGCAUCACCUAACCAAACUCCUUUUCAAAUUCACAAGGAUAUGCACAUUAGAGUUUAUCAAACCCGGCGCAUAGAUGGCGAAAAAAAAAAAAAGCACACUCACAGCUACUGUAGCCCAGUCCAAAUAUCAAUGAAAUGUGCUCUGGUCCUUACACUUAAGAUUAAAAAGUUUGUUCCACAGCAAUACAAAUUGAUCAAAAUUUCGUAAAAACAAUGGAUGAGGGGGGUUAAGUUCAAUAGUGUGCCACAAAACUACAGUCUGACGUGAAUUCUGAGUCCGUUUCAAGAACAUUUUUCUGCAGAUAAUUUUUAGGACUAUGAAGUGCCAAUGUUUGAUGCAUAAAAGAGGCCCUUUAAAUUGUGUUUUGAAUACAAGGUAAUUUUUGAGGCUGUCAAAAAGCCUUUUUUUUUUUAAAAUUCAUUUUUUGUCAUACAUGCUUGUGAAUGUUUGAUAUUGUUGUGUCAAGGCUGAAACUGCUUUCCCCCUAUUCUGGUACACUCAUACACUAUUCUAGCCAAAGUGUAAAAAAAGAUGGUGUCAAACUGGAUGUUGUACGUCAUGGAUAUAAUGUAAGCACUUGAAAAAAGCAAAUCUCCUUACGUUCAAAAAUUCCAACUGUGCAUUGUCACAGCACUUGUCAAUGUGAAGUCAAAUGCAAUACACUUUGCAAAAACAUCUUGAAAUGGUCAUGAUAGGGAUUUUCAUGAAAUGAUAUGAUCUGCUUUAAUUGAAAAAAAUGCUAUUACUGUAGUUAUAAUACAGGGGUGUGAUGCAGGCACAAGUAAAUUCAUGCAAUGUAUAGCAAUACAGAUUUGUGACGUAUUAGUGUACACAAAUAUCUUUAGUGCAACAGGGUACUUAAAGAAUAACUGCGGUAAAUACUCUUAACAAGCAAUGUGGAAAUAUUCUAUAAAUGUUUUAUUGCACAGAAUAUUUUAAACUUUCAAUCAGACAUAGUUUAUUUGGAGCAAUAUUCCCAUGAUCAUUGGAGCCAAUUUACACCUAAUUUAUUUUUUGAUUAACGUAGCGUUAUGUGAGAAAUUAACCGACUGAUUUAAAUCAUUGGGACGCUAUGUAAAGAAUGAAUCAUUCAAUAAACGUGUUCCUGUUGUUAUUUACUGUGAUUUUUUUUUUUUUUUUUUUGGCUU